CGGCGCGCGGCAGAGCUGCGGCUGCUCCGGCUGUUGGGGGAGCCGCGGAGGUGGCGGCCUUGCGCCUCCAAGCACUUCCCAAGUGGGGGCAGCGCAGUCGCUCGCGGGAGGCGUCUGUUAGAAGACACUGGAAGAGAGGGACCUUCAAACUCCUCCUCGGCGUCUCCUCUCCAUUCGCCUUUGGCCCCUGCCCUUGGAGAAAGUGGAGUGUGGGGCUUGCUGUCCUUAUUUCUCCGGACUGUUCUCCGUGCACGGAUUCCGCCGCUGCCCGGUGGGGCUUUCCGCUGUUUGCUCGCUCGUCUCUCGGUUUCUCCCCCUGCACACCUCUGCCGACGAUGAGGAAAGGUCUGCGGGCGACGGCGGCCCGCUGCGGACUGGGACUGGGAUACGUGCUGCAGAUGUCCGUGCUACCUGCCCUGGCCCUGCUCAGCGCCAGCGGCACCGGCUCGGCCGCUCAAGACGAUGACUUUUUUCAUGAACUCCCAGAAACAUUUCCAUCUGAUCCACCUGAGCCUCUGCCACAUUUCCUCAUUGAACCUGAAGAAGCUUACAUUGUGAAGAAUAAGCCUGUGAACCUGUAUUGUAAAGCCAGCCCUGCCACUCAGAUCUACUUCAAGUGCAAUAGUGAAUGGGUUCAUCAGAAGGACCACAUAGUAGACGAGAGAGUAGACGAAACCUCUGGUCUCAUUGUCCGGGAAGUGAGCAUUGAGAUUUCACGCCAGCAAGUGGAAGAACUCUUUGGACCUGAAGAUUACUGGUGCCAGUGUGUGGCCUGGAGCUCAGCGGGCACCACAAAGAGCCGGAAGGCAUACGUGCGCAUUGCCUAUCUACGAAAGACAUUUGAGCAGGAACCCCUAGGAAAGGAAGUAUCCUUGGAACAGGAAGUCUUGCUCCAGUGUCGACCUCCGGAAGGGAUCCCAGUGGCUGAGGUGGAAUGGUUGAAAAAUGAAGACAUAAUUGACCCUGUUGAAGAUCGGAAUUUUUAUAUUACUAUUGAUCACAACCUCAUCAUAAAGCAGGCCCGCCUCUCAGACACUGCAAAUUAUACCUGUGUCGCCAAGAACAUUGUUGCCAAGAGGAAAAGCACAACUGCUACUGUCAUAGUCUAUGUAAAUGGUGGCUGGUCCAGCUGGACAGAGUGGUCUGUGUGUAAUAGCCGCUGUGGACGAGGGUUUCAGAAACGGACAAGGACCUGUACCAACCCAGCACCUCUCAAUGGUGGUGCCUUCUGUGAAGGACAGAGUGUGCAGAAAAUAGCCUGUACUACGUUAUGCCCAGUGGAUGGCAGGUGGACUUCAUGGAGCAAGUGGUCUACUUGUGGGACCGAGUGCACGCACUGGCGCAGGAGAGAGUGCACUGCACCAGCACCCAAGAACGGGGGCAAGGACUGCGAUGGCCUCGUCUUGCAAUCCAAGAACUGCACUGAUGGGCUUUGUAUGCAGAGUUUCAUUUAUCCUAUUUCAACUGAACAGAGAACCCAGAAUGAAUAUGGAUUUUCUUCUGCUCCUGACUCAGAUGACGUUGCUCUCUACGUGGGGAUUGUCAUAGCAGUGAUAGUGUGCCUGGCCAUCUCGGUAGUGGUGGCCUUGUUCGUGUAUCGGAAGAAUCAUCGUGACUUUGAGUCUGACAUCAUUGACUCUUCAGCACUCAAUGGGGGCUUUCAGCCUGUGAACAUCAAGGCGGCAAGACAAGAUCUUCUGGCAGUGCCCCCAGACCUCACAUCAGCUGCGGCCAUGUACAGGGGACCCGUCUAUGCCCUGCAUGACGUCUCGGACAAAAUCCCAAUGACCAACUCUCCAAUCCUGGAUCCACUGCCCAACCUGAAAAUCAAAGUGUACAACACCUCCGGUGCUGUCACCCCCCAAGAUGACCUCUCAGAGUUCACAUCCAAGCUGUCCCCACAGAUGACUCAGUCACUAUUAGAGAAUGAGGCUCUCAACCUGAAGAAUCAGAGUCUCGCAAGACAGACGGAUCCAUCCUGCACAGCGUUUGGCACCUUCAACUCCCUGGGAGGUCACCUCAUUGUUCCCAAUUCAGGAGUCAGUUUGCUGAUUCCCGCUGGGGCCAUUCCUCAAGGGAGAGUCUACGAAAUGUAUGUGACUGUACACAGGAAAGAAAAUAUGAGGCCCCCCAUGGAAGACUGUCAGACACUCCUGACCCCUGUGGUGAGCUGUGGGCCCCCAGGAGCCCUGCUGACUCGCCCCGUGAUCCUCACGAUGCAUCACUGCGCAGACCCCAGUACCGAGGACUGGAAGAUACAGCUGAGGAACCAGCUGGCGCAGGGACAGUGGGAGGAUGUGGUGGUGGUCGGAGAGGAAAACUUCACUACCCCCUGCUACGUGCAGCUGGACGCGGAGGCCUGCCACAUCCUCACGGAGAACCUCAGCACCUACGCCCUGGUCGGCCAGUCCACCACCAAAGCCGCCGCCAAGCGCCUGAAGCUGGCCAUCUUCGGGCCCCUGUGCUGCUCCUCCCUGGAGUACAGCAUCCGCGUGUACUGCCUGGACGACACCCAGGACGCCCUGAAGGAAGUUGUACAUCUUGAGAGACAGAUGGGAGGACAGCUCCUAGAAGAACCGAAGGCUCUUCAUUUCAAAGGCAGCACCCACAACCUGCGCCUGUCAAUUCACGAUAUUGCCCAUUCCCUCUGGAAGAGCAAAUUACUGGCUAAAUAUCAGGAAAUUCCUUUUUACCAUAUCUGGAGUGGAUCUCAAAGAAACCUCCACUGUACCUUUACUGUGGAAAGAUUUAGCCUGAACACAGCGGAGCUGGUGUGCAAACUCUGCGUGCGGCAGGUGGAAGGGGAAGGGCAGAUCUUCCAGCUGAACUGCACCGUGUCGGAGGAGCCUACUGGCAUCGAUUUGCCACUGCUGGAUCCUGCAAGCACCAUCACCACUGUCACAGGGCCGAGUGCGUUCAGCAUCCCUCUCCCCAUCCGGCAGAAACUCUGCAGCAGCCUGGACGCCCCCCAGACCAGAGGCCAUGACUGGAGGAUGCUGGCCCAUAAGCUCAACCUGGAUAGGUACUUGAAUUACUUUGCCACCAAAUCCAGCCCAACUGGAGUAAUCCUGGAUCUCUGGGAAGCACAGAACUUCCCAGAUGGAAACCUGAGCAUGUUGGCAGCUGUGUUGGAAGAGAUGGGGAGACAUGAAACAGUAGUGUCAUUAGCGGCAGAAGGGCAGUAUUGACCACGCUGGAACUGAAAAGUGAGGACCAACACACACAGGGAGUCUGUGGCCGUCCAGGGGAAUCACAGCUGAGGAGGAAAUUCCGACCAGACCAAUGAGCUUCACAGCCAACAUCACAACAGGAGACAGAAGGAAAACAGCUAUGCCUACCAAUACACGCGCCCACUCUACUUGGACAUCAUCACAGGAGUCACAAAAAUUGCGUAAAUUUGUACUUUGAAUUUAGAUAUCGCCCUAAUUUUCCUCUUAGUUGGGCUGUAUGCUGUGUGGUACAGGAUCUUACAGUUUCCUAGGAAACGGUUUUUAUUGCUAUCCAGAUAUGUGGAUAAACUUUCUUAUCAAACCCAAUUUCUACAAAUGUUGUUUACAUCAGAUUGGACAGGGAGGCAGACGCUGUCCAUGGCUUGUUCUAUUUUUGUUCAGAUCAUUUGAAGUUGAAGCUGUGGACGGUUGACUGCGUCUACUUCAGAUUAGUAAUUUACAGAGAAAUCACAGACUUUUGCUACAAACCGUGCACAUCGAGUGUCUCAGAUAAUCCUCUCAUCGGUGUUCUGUUUCUAGAACUUGUAGAACCAGUGUUACUGUUUGUAUCAGGGAAGUGGAGAAUCUAAAUGUAAAAAAGAAAUAACUAAGACUCCCGUUCCUUGGAGGGGUCUUUCUGGCCCCCUUCAGGCAUAAAGCUCUAGCAUUGCA